AUGGUGAGGGGAGGCAGAGGAGGGCAAGGGGAGGGGGGGCGCCCAGGGGAGGAGGGAGAACGGCAGAAGAGCCAGAACAGCCCCCCGGAGAGCCCCCGGCCGCUCACCUGCAUGUGCCCGCUGCUGUGCCACUGCAAGCUGGCCUGCACCAACAGCACCGUGUCGCUCAUGUUCGGAUGUAAGAAGUACGGGCAACAGGAGGAGGACACGCCUCAGGACCCCAGCCCGCCCCCCCUCCCUGAGGACAGUCCGGAGCUGGUGCAGGUGUCCCAGAAGAGCCUUUCCCAAGUGGAGAGCGUGCACGGAUAUGUGGCACACGCACACAUCUCCCCAAUCAAGGUCGUCUCUGCUCUGGACUCGCCGUCGGAGAGCUCGGCCUCUGCAGCCUCCACCCUGUUCCCCCAGCCUCACGACAGCCCUCUGCCCUCCUGCUCCUCCAACCCCUAUCCCCCCAUCCAGUCGCGCAGCAUGCUCAACUCUGUGUGGUACGCCAAGAAGAUGGGCCGCCGCAUUGUGGGCACCCUGCGGAGGACCAAGAGGCUUCACCGCAGACUGGUGACGGUAAGGACCCCCCCACGCCGCCUCUGCGUCAGUCCUCUCGGCUCGCGCACAUGGACAUACACAAGGCAUACGCAGCCCCUCGCAUCGGAACUCCGAGCAAAAGCAUGA